GCUGCGUCCAUAGUUUCAGGUGGAAGCCGUACAGGUUACUUCAAGAGGAUCCCCAUCCCCAUCCGCUGAGAUGGCAGGCACCGCAAGGCAUGACCGAGAGAUGGCCAUGCAGGCAAAAAAGAAUCUCGCUACAUGCACAGAUCCCAUUGAGAAGCUGCGUCUGCAAUGCCUUUCCAGGGGUUCAGCUGGCAUCAAAGGUUUGGGCAGAGUGUUCCGGAUUAUGGACGAUGAUAACAGCAGAACCCUUGAUUUUAAAGAGUUUGUUAAAGGACUAAAUGAUUACGGUGUGAUGAUUGAUAAAACUGAAGCACAGCAGCUUUUUUCCAAAUUUGACAAAGAUGGAAGUGGAACAAUAGAUUUCGAUGAAUUCCUUGUCACGUUACGACCGGCCAUGUCCAAUGCAAGGAAAGAAAUGAUCAUGCAGGCAUUCAGGAAGCUGGACAAAAGUGGAGACGGCGUCGUCACGAUCGAAGACUUACGCGGAGUAUACAACGCAAAAUACCACCCAAAAUAUCAGAACGGGGAGUGGACGGAAGACCAAGUUUUUAGGAGUUUUCUUGAUAACUUCGACUCUCCUUACGAAAAGGAUGGUCAGGUCACACCAGAGGAAUUUACUAACUACUAUGCCGGCGUGAGCGCAUCCAUUGAUACUGAUGUUUACUUCAUCACCAUGAUGAAAAAUGCCUGGAAACUUUAAGUGUUACGAAAGAUGAAUUCCUGAAUUACUAUUCUGGAGUUAGUGCUUCUAUCGACAGCGAUGCCUACUUUAUACUUAUGAUGAAGAGUGCCUGGAAAUUGUGAAACGUGUAUAUUUUAGAUAUAAUAUUUUAUGUUUUUAAUGUUUUGGUUUUUUUUUUUAGUUGUUUGGGAAAAAAAUGAAUCAUAUCCAUCAUGUCCACAGUACAAGAAACACAUCAAAUAGCCCAAAAUGUGGUGUUUGAAGUGUAUACAAUUACAGUUUUAGUGCGGGCGAGGUUAAUGUGUGUCUUAGUUUAGGGAUUCUAGACUUGUAUAAUGCAAACUGAACU